GGAGGUACUUCCGUCAUCGCUUGGACAGAAAAUAACUCUUGAUACGAUUGGGUCAGAACAAAAUCGACGGCGAUACUUUAGUUGUUAAACAGCAGGAAAUAAAUGUGACAUCAAAGGUCUUGGAUAGUAUGAGGAUAACGUAAGGUAUCUACGUAUUAAAAUUACGUCAUAAACCAUAGAAAUGGUGUUUAACACGUUAGUUUAGUUAAGAAGUGGUGAUGCAUUCAAGUGCACUUCCUAAACUGGUUUGACCACAUCAGAAAAUGGACGACAUAAACCUUCACUACCGCUUCCUGAACUGGAGGCGGCGGAUUCGGGAGAUUCGAGAAGUCCGAGCUGUGCGGUACCGGGAGCGGUUCAAGAAGAUCCAGAGGAACGGUGAUGUGCUGCGAUAUCAUGGGAACUCAGAUGAGGUGGGCUGUUACGUCGCCUCCCGCCCAGUGUCUAAAGGAAACUGCUAUUUUGAGGUGACCAUCAUCGACACGGGGGUGAGGGGGAUGAUCGCCGUGGGCCUGGUGCCCCAGAACUACAAGCUGGAUCAUCAGCCCGGCUGGCUGCCCCAGUCGGUGGCCUACCACGCCGACGACGGCAAGCUCUACAACGGUAACACGGUAGGUCAGCAGUUUGGACCCAAGUGUAACCGUGGCGACAGGAUUGGCUGUGGAAUCUUCAUUGAUCCUCUCAGCGAUGGAAAGAUUACAGUGUUCUUCACCAAGAACGGCAAGGAGGUAGGUAAGGUGGAGGUGGGCCGCCCCCCUGAGGGGCUCUACCCCGCCCUGGGGAUGCACUCCCUGGGGGAGGAGGUGCAGCUGGACCUGCACGCCGAGUGGCGGAGGGAGGAUGAGGACGGCAUGAUGAUCGUGGACAGCCACGAGGACGACUGGGGCCGCCUGCACGACGUCACGGCCACCGGCACGCUGCUGGAGUACCGGGGCAAGGGGAAGAGCAUGGUGGACGUGGGGCUGGCCCAGGCCCGCUGGCCCCUGGACACGCAGGCCCACUACUACGAGCUGGAGAUCAUGAGCGGCGGGGAGAAGUGCUACAUCGCCCUGGGGCUGGCGCGCAGGGACUACCCUAAGAACAGACACCCUGGGUGGAGCCGAGGAUCUAUCGCAUACCACGCUGACGACGGCAAGAUGUUCCACGGCAGUGGGGUGGGGGACCCCUUCGGACCCCGCUGCAACCAGGGGGACCUCAUGGGCUGUGGCAUCAUGUUCCCCAGGGACUACAACCAGGAAACAGGCGACGACUCUGAGGACUGGGAGCCGGACACCCAGCCCAAGGACAGCCAGGUGCAGAACGACCUGUACGCCAACAACGAGGAGGACGAGGAGGAGGAGGACGAGGAAGGGGAGGGGGGCCAGAAGGUCACGGUGUUCUUCACGCGGAACGGGAAGCUGGUGGGCCGCAGGGAGGUGGUGCUGCCACCAGGGGGCUUCUACCCCACGGUGGGCAUGAUGAGCACGGGGGAGAAGGUCCGCGUGGAGCUGCACCCCCUCAGUGGCUGACCCCCAGGGACCCCCCCGGGCCCCCCCCCCCCCCCCUCAGCGGCUGACCGGCGAACCCCAGGGAUCAUACCGGGCCCCCCCCCCCCCCCCCCUCAGUGGCUGACCAGGGGACCCCCAGGACCGUCCCUGGGCCUCAACACUCCUCCAGGAUCCUGCAGCCCCCUGGACCGGGGUCCGGUGGACCCUAGACCAGCCGGACCCCCCAGCUGAGCUCCACGGAGGACCACCGCGCGUUCACUGCCAAGGUUUCUAUCGUCUGUCCCCACUGUGUCCUGGUCGACCAACACUAGCCGGGCCUGGAGCUCAGCGUCCACCUCCAACCAAUCCCCUCUGUGUGAACAAUCAGCAGGCUAACGAGCUCUGCUGUGAUUGGCUGGUCCUGGGGUCAGGGGUCAGUGUGGGAGUGUGGUAGCCAGAUGUUAAGAGAGCUGAUCUCGGGUCAGCCCUGAGGGGGAAAGGGCUGCCCUGCAUCAGAGGGGGGUCUCUAUAGUUUACAAAGAUCAUAACACGACACAUGAAUGCUGUUCCAUAACAUAUCUCCAUGUUUUAAAUAUUGCUCGACCGCUAACUCCAAAAUAGUUUAUCGGAGGCGACAGAGAAAGGGGAGACACCACUUAUUUUUAUAUUUGGCUCUAAGAGAGUUGAACCAAAGUAGACCAUAAGAACCAUUUUAGACCUUACGCCACCCUCAUCCUAUUGAAUAAAGAGAUUUGAUAUUUUAAACAUUA